AUGUCGCACGAUCGUUCGACUACGAUCGGUCUCGAAUCCGUACCUGUACUAUUGAGUCAAAGCAACUGUUUUGAUUGGAAACUUGCCAUAGAAAACUAUCUCCUUAUCCAUGGAUGUCUUGGGAUAAUCAAAGGUACGGAUGUCAAACCGUACCGCCAACCUACGAUCGCUCUUACGGUUCAAGCAGGAUCAGUCUGGGGCGUCGUUGUCUCACUAAGACAGGGUACUCGUCGAGGAACUACGGCUAACUUCGCCGUAUUCUCCGCUAGGCGGGGUUAUCGUGACAAAUCCUCUCUCGGUUCUCGUAACUUCGCCGUAGCUGGUCUCAGUGGUUUGAGUGGAGCCUUCAGCUGGCUUUUGCCGGUGGAUUUGAUCCAGUCAAGAACUUCUAUCUUCUGCUUGAGGGUAGCAUUACGCUUGGAGGGGUUGGCUCGGACACAUUUGGAUUUUGGUUCAGCUGCUCAAGUUAGCCAGACCGGCAAGCACAAAGGACUGCCUUGGGAACUGAGGGGUUUAGUCUCUGGCUCGUGGACCUUGGUGACUGCCUUAGGUGCUGAGGGUUCGAGAGGUUGGGUUAGAACCAACUGA